AUGGUUUUUGGAAAGAUUGGAAGUGUUUCGGCACUUGCACUGUUUGCCUACCUGUGGAUCCUGGCCGCUGGUGGACAACAGAAGAGUCCUGCCUGGAGUGGCUACUACAUAGACAAUGGCACCCACUAUAUGCUAUUCGAGGGACCAAGAAGCAAGGACCAGAGUUUCUUUCGAGGAAACAUAUCCACUAACCCAGCGAUAAAUGCCCUGGAGGCAGUGGACUAUCUGCCAACGCGAAUUGUGAAUGGCAAGAGGAUCAAGUGCACCAGGGCGCCCUACCAGUGUGCCCUGCAUUUUGACAACUACUUCAUUUGCGGAUGUGUCAUACUUUCCCGUCGCUGGAUCCUCACUGCCCAGCACUGCAAGGUUGGCGGUCCCGGGAGAUACACGGUGCGAGCUGGUUCCGCACAACAGAGGCGGGGUGGCCAACUCCGGCAUGUGCAGAAGACAGUGUGCCAUGCGGGCUACAGUGAGUACACGAUGAAGAACGACCUGUGCAUGAUGAAGCUGAAGUCGCCACUGAAACUCGGCCGGUGUGUCCAGAAGGUGAAGCUGCCCGCGAGGCGAUGUAAGCGUGUGCCCAAGUGCUAUUUGGCCAGCGGCUGGGGUCUGACCUCCGCCAACGCCCAGAAUGUUCAGCGGUAUCUGCGCGGCGUUGUUGUCUGCAGAGUGAAGCGAGGCAAGUGCCAGAAGGACUAUCGCGGCACCGGGAUCAAGAUCUACAAGCAGAUGAUCUGCGCCAAGCGGAAGAACCGCGACACCUGCUCGGGUGACUCUGGCGGACCGCUGGUCCACCAGGGUGUCCUCUACGGGGUCACUUCCUUUGGCAUCGGUUGCGCCAGAGCCAAAUACCCAGGUGUCUAUGUCAAUGUGUGUCUGUACGUUCGCUGGAUAAAGAAAGUUAAUCGAAAGUAUUAA